UUAGAGUCACACCGCUCCGCCCGACCAAACCUGAAAUUUCCUCCUCUUUUCUUUCUCUUUCUCUUCAUUUCUGAUGAGAGAAAUCUAGAUACUCUCAUCUCUAUCAACCAAUUAACUACUGCCAUUCCUUUUUCUUAUAUUGACCACAAUCCCAACAUUUAAUUUCCACUUCCUUUUUUCUUUUCUUUUCUCAUUUUUUUAUAUUAUUUGGCACCAUCUACCCGUGAAGCUUCUUCUACACCUUCACAAUCAUAUUCAUAGUCUCAACCACCUCCUUCUCUCUCUCUCUCUCUUUCUAUUUAUUGUCAACAGCAUCAACCCUUCUUCCCCUUGCUCUGGUCAACACACAAGUCCUACAUCAUCCAUGGCUUCUAUCUCACAGGGUAUUGUUUUCACCACAGCUAUGGUUCUCUCUAGCACUGUGCUUUACCUUGCUUUCUCCCGCCACAAGAUUCAUCAUCAUUCUCCUCAAUCCAACAACCAAAUCUUACGCUCUUGCUUGUCUUCAGAAGAAAAGAAGAGGGAGAGGAAGCUGAGCAAGAAGAAGAAGAAGAGAGUUCAAUUUGCUGAGAACGUCAAAUCAUCAAGAUCAAGCAACUGCAGAAACGUUCGUGAAAUGCCAGCUAACAGAAUCGCUUUGUAUAAUGGAAUUCUGAGGGACAGAGUUCACAGAAUGGAAUGUUCUUACUGAUGCUUCUAGAUUCAAGAACAAUCUUGUACAUUUAUGAUGGAAUUUUGAAAUUAUUCACCAAAAUUGUACUAACAUGCCUAUUACUCUGCCCCUCCUCUGUUUUCUUUUAUCUUUUUUUUUUCCCCUUAUUUUAGUUUUGUGGUGAGGGUGUUAACGUCAAAGGAGUUAUAUUAAAAAAAAUCUGGGGUAUUCUUGUGGCUGUAGAUA